GCAGUGCACUGUCACACCGGCAGUUGCUAUCUCCUUUCUCUCUACAGAACGCAUACAUUCUCACGCUCCUGCUUGCUUUUGCAGGCUGUCAGCUGGAAGCCUCAGCGUGGCCCUGCUGGCUUUAGGAUACUUCCUGGGAGGAAUUCCUGGCAGUGGAUACUUCAUCCAGCAAUCGCCAUAGGGUUAUCUGUUCUCACGGUCAGUGAUGGUGUGACAGACGCAUCUCUCAUGCUCUGAUCUUCCCGAGGGGGAGCCACUGAGGAUUAGCUGGCGGAUGAUGCAUCAGGGGGAGGCGGAAAGGCCGUGUUUAUCUGCUGUCCCUGUGUCACAGAGAGCUUCUGAGGAGCAUUCAGCUGCCAACGGCAUCAGCGGGCCUCAGUCAUCCAGCUGUUCACCUCACUGCCACAGCUAAAGUGAUGAGUCCCAGCCUUCCUUUUCAGGAUUAAAAGUGGACAAGACGUCAAUGGGCUGGACUAUGAUUCUAAAAGAUGACUCUGGUGUAACAGGCUGGACAUGGCGUGUUGGGAACUACCUGCUGCUCUCUAUGUCUCUAAUUGGAAUGCAAGUGAGAUCAGACUUAGAGUUUCCGAAGGACAGAAACUAUAUGUGGAAAACCGGUCAGUGGGGCAGGUGCAUGGGAGAAGAAUGUGGAACUGAUGGGGUUCAAUCCAGGACGGUGUGGUGCAUCCACUCAGAAGGCUGGACCACGCACCACUCAAACUGCCGGCACUCAGAUAAACCUGAGAGCAAGAGGCCUUGCUUUAAAGUGUGCGAGUGGCACCAGGAUCUCUUCGAAUGGGAGGUUUCAGAAUGGGGGCCAUGCGUUUUAACACCAUUCCAGUCCAACGUGCUCAAACCAAGGACAAUUAAGUGCGUCACGGCCCAGCACGGCAUCCAGAGACGGAAGGUCCAUUGUGUGCGCACCUCAAACCACACAGCCGUUACGGAGAGGAUAUGUGAGUUCUUUUCCCCACGGCCGGUGCUUGAACAGGCCUGCCUGAUCCCCUGCCCUCACAACUGCAUCAUAUCCGAUUUCUCCUCCUGGUCCAGCUGCAGUCGAACAUGCGGCACGGGUCUCCAGCAUCAGACCCGACACGUUUUAGCGGCACCGAUGUAUGGAGGAGCUAAUUGCCCCAAUCUCACCCAAACAAGGACAUGUACAAACCUUCUGCCCUGUCCGGUUGGAGAAAGCGAGCAUCGCUACAGCCUUAAAGUCGGCCCCUGGAGCGAGUGCAGGCAGUCGCAACACAAGGGGCUCUGGAUGAGUGGAAGGACCAUGCUGGACUUCACCAUGGGAGAUACAGAGAGGAACACCGUAAAACGACAUAUCCAGAGCUCCCGGCACCAGCAUCACCACCUCCACCACCACCAUAGCCUCAAGGGCUUGGAUGUGGAGAUUGGCUACCAGACACGCCAAGUACGUUGUGUGCGCAGCGACGGCAAGAACGCCAUGCUGAGUCUUUGUACCCUUGACAAAGGUCCUGGAACAUUCCAGUCAUGCAUUAUGCCCAGAGACUGUGAGACCUCUGACUGGUCCGUUUGGAGUCCAUGUUCAAAGACAUGUAGGGCAUCAGAUAUGUCACCUGGUUUUCGGGUCAGGACUCGCAGCAUAACGCAGACUCCUAUUGGACUAGGCAAAGAAUGCGCCACUCUUGAAGAAAAGGAAGCCUGCAACAUCAUUGGAGAUUUACUUCCUAACUGCCCUAGGUAUGUGUGGAAGAGCACGGACUGGGGGGACUGUCAAGUGGCAUCUCUUCUCAGCCAGCAGGACAGAAGGCUUAACAAUGUAAGCGUUCUCUGUGGUGGAGGGAUUCAGACCAGGCAGCUGUACUGCAUCCAGGUCCUUGACAACUCCACCCCUCAUCACAGAAAUGAGGUGUCUAGGCCAGUAAGUGGGCAUCUGUGUGCAGGAGAAUUGCCUUCUGCAGUGCAGCACUGCUCUAUACCAUGCCCACAGCUAUGCCUGCUCUCCUCCUGGUCCUCCUGGGGGGCCUGUCUCCACGACAACUGCAUGGAAACACAUGGACGAAAAGGUAGGGAUCCAGCAUGCUUUCUGUGGCAGGUGCAAUCUGAGGGUCCUUGUUUGACCAGUGAAGGGAACUGUGGAAAUGGAACCAGGACUCAAACUGUCACUUGCGUCAACUCAAAAGGGCAGCUUGUUCCCGAGGAGCUGUGUGAAGAUGAGCCGCCCCCUAAAGAGGUGUCCUGUGUGAUGGCGUGUUCAGGUGACUGUGUGCUCAGCUCCUGGUCUGAUUGGUCCUCCUGCUCCCACAGCUGCUCCAGUAAAAACUCAGAGGGCAGACAAAGCCGCACACGGACCAUAUUAGGCUUGCCGGGAGAAGCUAAGGCAUGUCCAGCUGCUACUGCUCUGGAGGAGUGGAGAACUUGUAAUGAUCACCCAUGCAUCACCUUCUACUGGGAAGCAUCACCAUGGGGACCAUGCAUUGAGGACUCCUCCAUAAAUCUAAAUGGCAGUGGCUACUGGAACGGAACGGCCACCAAUGCAGUCGGUGUGCAGAUUCGUAAAGUGGUCUGCAUGAAAAUGGGCGUCGGGCCAGUUAUUCCCAAAAGGUGUCCAGAAUCUGUCCGACCUGAGACCGUUCAGCCCUGUUUACUGCCCUGUAAGAAAGACUGCAUUGUAACUCUUUUCAGUGAAUGGACAGCCUGCCCUACCACAUGCCUGCCAGUGAACAACAGCGUGCCCUCACAGUCACGAUACAGGAUCAUCAUCCAGCGGGCGGCCAAUGGGGGUCAAGAGUGUCCAGAUACUUUAUAUGAGGAGAGAGAAUGUGAGGCUCUCCUGGUUUGUCCUAUUUACAGAUGGAAGACACACAGAUGGCAUCCAUGUACUCUGGUCCCGGAUUCUGUCCAGCAGGGAAUGACGGGAGCCAGUGAAUCGUGUGGUAAAGGAUUAGAGAUGAGAGGAGUGAGCUGUGUGGAUGAGUAUGAUGAGAUGGCAGCCGUGUCAGAGUGUCUCCGGUGGGCCGGGCCGAUACCGUCACGCUUCAGGAGCUGCUGGGUACCAUGCAGGGAUGACUGCACCUUCAGUUCCUGGUCUAAAUUCUCUGAAUGCUCUGGCUGUGGAAGUCGACGUACCCGCAAACGCACACUAACAGGUCGGAGCCGGAAACAAGACCACUGUCUGCGGGAAGACUUGUACCCUCUGGUGGAGUCCGAGCCCUGUCCGUGUGAGGAGUUUGUUACUCAACCAUAUGGUAAUUGGUCAUCUUGUAUCCUAUCGGAAACCCCAGCACAAGGAUCCCUCCAGGGAUGGAGGGGUCGGCGAGAGGCAAGUGACUGCGGGCAGGGAUUGCGUUAUCGUGCUGUGGUCUGUCUGGACCAUGAAGCCUACUUGGUUACCCCAGACCACUGCAGUGAAUCAGGUCUGGUGGAGGAGAUUUGCCACAUACCCUGCCCUCUGGACUGCAAGCUGAGCGACUGGUCGCCCUGGUCGGCCUGCAGCGCCUCCUGUGGCAGUGGGCUGAAAAUCAGGUCCAAAUGGCUACGGGAGAAGCCAUUCAAUGGCGGGCGGCCAUGCCCCAAACUAGACCUGAAGAAUCAGGUGUAUGAGGCUGUGCCCUGUCGAAGUGAGUGCGGUCAGUACGAGUGGGUAACAGACCCCUGGUCAGUCUGCACUAUCAACACAGUGGACGAGCUGCCAGCCUGUGGUGAAGGUGUCCAAAGCCGCAAGAUUCGGUGUGUGAGGCGUGACAGUGGGGAUCAGGUUAGCAGUGUGAACGAGACCCUGUGUGACCUGGAAGAAAUCCCUCUCCAAGCUCAGACCUGCGUCCUGCCAUGCCCUAAUGACUGUGUGAUGUCCCAGUGGAGUCAAUGGAGCACCUGUUCAAUACCAUGUAAUGAAAGCACAGUGAGGAUGAGGACGAGACACAUGCUGCGCCCCCCAGUGGCCGACAGAGUGUGUCCAGACAGCACCCAGACAGAGCCCUGCAGCCUCAACAGCACCUGCUUCAGUUAUCACUUCAAUGUCUCCAGCUGGAGCACCUGUCAGCUGAGCGAACAUGCCAUCUGCGGCCAGGGCACAAGGACACGACUCUUAGAUUGCAUCCGCAGCGAUGGCAAAGUUGUGGAUUUGAGCAUGUGUGAGGAGCUGGGCCUGCCUCGACCGUGGAGACUGGCAAUGAACUGUGUGGUGGACUGUCCCUUUAACUGCAUCCUGUCUGACUGGGCGCCCUGGACCGAGUGUUCACACACCUGUGGCAGUAAAGGUGUUAUGAUUCGCUCUCGCAGCAUGCUUCAGCAAGCUCAUGAGGAGGGACGCCCGUGUGCCUCUCAGCUUUCCCAGACCAAACCCUGUCCCAUAAGCCCCUGCUACUCGUGGCUUCUGAGUGAUUGGUCUCCCUGCACAGUGGAGGGGGCAGAAUGUGGAGAGGGCAAGAGGGAGAGGAACCUGACGUGUGUGGUGCACUGGUCAGACUGGCCGGACAACCCCCACCCUUCGAAAACGGUAGAGGACGAGAAAUGUGGAGACCGAGUGAGAAAGGAAAGCGAGCAGGAGCUGCAGCAGCCGUGUUUCGUCCCCUGUCCAGGAGACUGUCACCUUACAGAGUGGUCGCAGUGGAGCUCCUGUCAGCUGACGUGUCUGGAGGGACGUAGUUUUGAGACGGUGGGCCGUCAGGCACGCUCACAGGCUGUGGUCAUACAAGUGCUGGAGAAUCAGGACAGCUGCCCUCACCAAAUCUUUGAGACACGUCCAUGUAAAGGAGGGAAAUGUCACAGUUACGAGUGGAGGACCAGUGCCUGGAAUGACAACGAAAGAUCAGUUUGGUGCCAGCGGUCUGAUGGGGUCAAUGUGACAGGGGGCUGCUUUCCACAGAACCGUCCGACCACUGUGCGGCACUGUCACCCUCCCUGCACCAAACCCUUCUCCCACUGCAAGCAGAGCGGUGUGUGCGGCUGUGAGAAGGGCUAUACUGAAGUGAUGACCACACAUGGAUUCCUGGAUUACUGCACCAAGACCCCAGGAGCUGACAAUAAGAAGGCAGAUGUGAAGACCAGCUCGGGAAGAUUAAAGCCAGGCACCACUCAGAUCCAGGACCUCUUCGGCGAGUGGUCCUUGCAGCCGCUCGGCCCAGAUGGAAGAAUAAAGCUGUGGGUCUUCGGGUUAACAGCUGGAGGAUUCAUUCUCAUAUUAUUCACAACUGCUGUGGCCUUUCUGUUUUGCAAACCAUCCAAACAGAGUAAAAGUGCAUCUCCACCACAGAAGCCCCUGACUCUGGCAUAUGACGGGGAUGUGGACAUGUGAUCAAGCUCUCUGUGACUGUACAUUCAAAGCACAAGCUGGACUACGUGCAACAUUUUAAUAUGUUCCUUUCUCCAAGAUGCCCUUUGGAUUUUUGGAAAAAGAAAAAGAGACGCAGACAUCGAAGAACAUUUCGAUCUUGAAGUCUGAAGCGAACACAAAACAUUGUGUGCAUGACUGCAAGGAUGAAGGUUUUGGAUCAGUGGUCAUCAUCAUCGUGAAAAUCGUGACAUUUAAAGAGAGUACGAGACACAGCUGACAUUCCAUGGACCAGAUGGAGGACUUCGACAUUUUCUUGCCGUGAUUUUUCUUACAUCAAAAAAUAGGAAAAAAAGAAAAAAAACAAGAGAGAGAGAAAGAAACAUCACGAGUUUUGCUGAAUCUAUUGUAUCAGUCGCAUUAAAAGCCUAGUUCACCCAAAAAUGUAAAACUGUGUUAUCCUUUACUCACCCUCAAACCUGUAUGACUAGAUCAUGACCAGCUUAUUGAGUCCAUUUUUUUUUUAUAUAUAUAUAUAUAUAAAUCAUUCAGACCACAUCAUUUUAUAAAUGAUUCAGUCACUCAGUUUUGUUGACUGAAUCAGCUAGGUGACUCAAAAGAACUUUGUUCAUGUCAAGAUUUUCAGUGAAAAAUGACUUAAACUGCAAUUUGAGUGUCUCACAAAGUUAUUGUAUGAUUAUGAAACUUGAAAUAUAAUGCACAAAUUGUAUGUAUAAAUUGUACUUGUAUUAAUAAUAUGUUCGUUAUGGUUUUACAUUCUUUAAGAUGCUUGGAAUCUCCAGUCGCUCUUCAUAAUUGGAUUGACAAAAACAACUAAUACAUUUUUAAGGUUUAUACUUUUAUGUUUUCCGCAUUUGAAAUAAAGUCAUACAGGUUUGCAACAUCUUGAGGUUUAUUAAAUGACAGAAUUUUCAUUUUUACGUGAACUAUACCUUUAAGCUGAUCUGAAAGUGACUUUUUAGCAGAGAACGAGAAAAGACUGAUGUGUUAUGCACUAUAUUAGUGCUUAGUCGUUUUUUAUUUCCCUCUUGAUCUAUGUUCAAACUGAUUUUCUAGUGGGUUUUUGUUUUUCAUUGUCAUGCAAGGACUUUUGCUGUAAAUUGUUGAUUUCGUGUAGAAUGUCUCUGUGUGUGAUCCGCACAGUAAACCAAACACAGCUAAUUUAGACACCGCGAGAGGUUAAGGAGAUGAUCUGCCCGUGUGCUGCUUCCACAUGCCUCAGUUUGUCCCUUAACCUCCGUCUAGCAGUUGGAAAAUUGAUGAGGUCUGCUUCAACACCAGCAGAUAAUGAACAGUGUUCCUGUGACGCGCAGAAGGGUUUUAGAAAGCAGCUUUCUGCAAUAUCCUGCGGUUAGAGGAACUCAUUUAGCACAGAGACAGUGGACAAAUGCAUUUGUGUAGAGUCUGCAUGAGCAGAACACCGGGAGAAAGUGCUUCAACACUAUGAAUGUUCAUCAUUUUCACUAAAGUACAGGUACUGGGUCUGUAUUUUAAUAAUAUCCCUGCUAGUGUUUUUUUUUUUUUUUGCUUUUGCUUUACUGACUGACUUCUUGCUGGCAUAUUUGUCUUGACUAUCUGUUUCAGGACCUAGACUGUCAAGGUUCAUUUCACUCCUUGUACUGCCACAUGACAAAACGUUUCCUGAAUCUCAACCAUCCUCAUUAUAAUGAGAUAACUUGUGGUUUUUAAGCUUCGCAAGACCUCUUGUUCAUUGGGUCUUACUCUACUGAAAGAAUGUAUUCUGUAUGUGUUACAUACAUGCACAUGUAUUUUCUUAUUAUUUUAUUCUUUUUGUCCCAUCAGUAUAUCUGCUGAUGUCCAUGUUGGCUGGAUAGUCUACAUCAAGAGCAGAACCGUUCUAGUUCCUCUGUUUGAGACCCAUCUGGAAGAUCUGCUGCUCUUAGACUGAGUACAUCAAAAGGCUUUGGUGUAUUUCUAAAUUAGUCCAUCGAUGUGAGAAGCUAAAAUGUGUAUAACUUAUUUAUUUAUUUAUUUCUCUCCAGGGGUUGCUGACAAACCCUGUAAAAAAGUGGCAAUAUUUUAUAUAUAUAUAUAUAUAUAUAUAUAUAUAUAUAUAUAUAUAUA